AUGGCACCAAAGGCAGAGAAGAAGCCCGCCGAAAAGAAGCCAGCAGAGGAGAAGAAGACGACCGUAGCUGAGAAAGCCCCAGCGGAGAAGAAGCCCAAGGCCGGGAAGAAGCUGCCGAAGGACGGCGGUGCCGCCGCCGGUGAGAAGAAGAAGAAGAGGGCGAAGCGGAAUGUGGAGACCUACAAAAUCUACAUCUUCAAGGUCCUGAAGCAGGUCCAUCCCGACAUCGGGAUCUCGAGCAAGGCCAUGGGGAUCAUGAACAGCUUCAUCAACGACAUUUUCGAGAAGCUCGCCCAGGAGGCGGCGAGGCUCGCGAGGUACAACAAGAAGCCGACCAUCACUUCUCGGGAGAUCCAGACGGCGGUGAGGUUGGUGCUGCCAGGCGAGCUCGCGAAGCACGCUGUUUCGGAGGGGACCAAGGCUGUGACUAAAUUUACUAGCUCUUAA